AUGGCAUCGACAGCAGCGCUGAAGCGAUCGAACCUCUUCGACCUCACAGACAGAGUAGCUGUAGUCACAGGCGGAGGCUCAGGCAUUGGCCUCAUGGCUGCGCAGGCCCUGGCUGCCAACGGCGCCAAGGUCUACAUUUGCGGGCGCACCCAAGAGAAACUCCAGAACGUGUCCGACAAGCACGAGGCGCAGGCAGCAGGGCAGCUGAUCCCCAUCACCGCCGACAUCAGCUCCAAGGCGGGAAUCCUGGCCCUCGUCAAAGAGAUUGAGCGUCGCGAGGCCUGCGUGUGCCUCCUCGUCAACGCGGCCGGCAUCAGCAGCACCUCUGGGCCCGUGGCCGAGGCCGGGUCGGCCCCGGCGCUGCGCGCGGCGCUCUUCGACGCCGACGGCUCCACGUUUGACGAGUGGGCGGACGUCUACCGCACCAACGUGGCGUCCCUCUUCUUCAACACGGCGGCGUUCCUGCCGCUGCUGCAGCAGUCGACGGACCGGCACGCCGGCUGGUCUGCCGCCGUCAUCAACAUCACGUCCAUCUCCGGGCUCGUCAAGACGGCGCAGCAUCACUUUGCGUACAACACCUCCAAGGCGGCCGCGGAGCACCUGACGCGCAUGCUAGCGGCUGAGAUUGCGGCCGCCGGCCUCAAAAUUCGCGUCAACAGCAUCGCGCCGGGCGUCUUCCCGAGCGAGAUGACGGCCAAGGAGGAGAGCGAUGACCGGCAGAAGAGCCACCUGCCCAAAGAAAAGAUGGAGGAGAUACCCGCCCAGCGACCAGGACGAGACGAGGACAUGGCGCAGGCGGUGCUCUUUGCUGCUGCGAAUCAGUACUUGAACGGACAGAGAGUGGUUGUUGAUGGCGGGUUCACGCUUAGUGCUGGCAUGUAA